CGAUGCCCUUCGAGGAGGUGUGGAGCCGCAGCUACUGCCGCACCCGGGAGACGCUGGUCGACGUCCUGAGUGAGUUCCCGCAGCAGACCGAGCAUGUCUUCAAGCCGCCGUGCGUCCCCUUGCGGCGCUGCGCCGGCUGCUGCGGCGAUGAGGGCUUGGAGUGCGCCCCCCUGGAGACCCGCCCCCUCGACUUGCAGGUGGUCCAGGUGAGCCCCCUCCUGGGCACGACUCAGCAGGUCCAGCUGACCUUCACGGAGCACGAGCGGUGCGCUUGCAGCCGAGAGCCGGAGGGAGGGCAGCUGCGCGCUUGCCAGGACGGCGCCGAGGAGGAGGAGGAGGCGGGAGCCGCUGCAGACCAGACGGCCGCUCUCCCUCCCAUGCCGCGGCGCGGGACCCCCACGACCCCCAGCAGCAGCAGCAGCAGCAGCGGACCGGCCUGA